AUGGUCUCGCCGCCGUCGCAGAGCGGGUCGGCAUACCCUCCGCCUACACAGUUCGCUCGGCAACAGUCUCGGACGCCUUUACUCGGCGGAAAGGCGGAUCUGCCGGUGCUGGGGACGUUCGGUGGACUGUCGACUGAUGAAGUCGAGCGAGGGAGGGAUAGCUUUGAGCGGCACGACGAGGACGAGAGUGGACUGUCUGAGGAUGGCUCAACGGGCGGACAAAGCGGGCACCCGAACCAGGUCGAAGGCAGCCUCACACCUCUCGAUGCGACGCUCGAGGAGAUCGGGAUGGGGCGUUACCAGUACUCGCUGCUCGUGCUGUGCGGUCUCGGCUGGAUGGCCGACAAUGCGACACUGCAGCUUAUCGCGGUGAUCCUCCCGCGAGUCCAGGAGCAUUGGCAGGUCGGCGACCGCUGGAUCGGUCUCCUUUCGACGAGCCUGUUCGCCGGCAUGAUGGCAAGUUCGGGUCUUGUCGGUGCUUGGGGCUGGGGCAGCUACUCCGACGCGAAGGGUCGCGUUCCCGCCUUCAACUUAACGCUCUGCGUCACUGCCGUCUUCAGCGUGGCGGCUGCCUUCGCCCCUUCGUUCGGGAUGCUGUGCCUCGCGCUCUUCUUGCUUGGAACGGGUGUCGGGGGCUCGAUGCCGACGGACGGCACUUUGUUCCUCGAGAACGUGCCGCGAUCCAGCCAUUACCUUCUUACCGCUCUCUCCGUCUUUUUUUCUCUCGGCGCGAUCAUUACUUCCCUCCUCGGUCUCGCCAUCCUGCCCCGAUACUCAUGCCCGCCCGUUCCUCCCGGCGGCGAGUCGACCUGCGACGUCAAGAAGGACAACAACGGCUGGCGCAUCAUGCUCUUCGCUCUCGGCGUAAUGACGAUGGUCAUGUUCCUCUGCCGCGUGCUCUUUUUCCGCCUGCACGAGUCGGCCAAGUAUCUCGUCGCCGCAGAACGCCCUUCUGCCGCCGUCUUCGCCUUACAGCGGAUAUCUCGUAUCAAUGGCCAGGAAGCGAAGUGGGACUUGCAGGACGUGGUGGACGACGAGGUCAGCGCACUAGCGAACGACGUCGACCGGUCCGACGGCAAGCUCAGCCCGCCAAGCUACGCUGCGACAGGGGAGACGACGCCCGAAAGUCGGCCCCUAUCCGCUUCGCCAUCCCUGCUUCCCACCUCGCCUCGCUCCCGAAACUUGGACGGCGACACCGACGAAGAAUCCGCCGACCUCUCGACCUUCUCUCUCCCUUCAUCCGUCUUCUCGUCGACUUCCGGUACUCCGCGGCUACGGAAAGACCAACCGGCUUGCAUCGACCGUCUUCCCGUUUCUUGGCGAAGCGGUGCGGACGAGUACCUCGCCAGGCUGGAUGAGCUACUUGAACCGAAGUGGAAGCGGACGACGACGCUGAUAUGGGUGAUAUGGACAUUGGCGAGUGCGGGAUACACGAUCUUCAACGUCUUCUUGCCCAAGUUCUUGGAGUCGAAGCUGUCAGAUGGCGGCCAACCGAGUAGUCAAGAGGCGACACUGCGAGAUUACGUCCUCUACACCGUCUCCGGCCUGCCCGGCUCGCUCCUCGGCGCCUACCUCGUCGAGACGUCUCUAGGUCGCGCCAAGACGCUCGCUUUCUCGACGCUCCUAACGUCGGCGGGGACUUUCGUCUUUGUCUUUGUUAGCUCGCAGUUUGGCGUCAUCGCGAGCAGUAUGGCGGUGUCCCUUGCAGCGACCCUCAUGUACGCCGUGAUCUACUCCAUCACGCCCGAAAUCUUCCCAACCUCGCUCCGAGGAACGGCCUGCGGCAUCGCGUCCGCCCUUUCCCGCCUCGCCGGCAUCGUCGCUCCCCUCCUCACCGGCGCCCUCCUCAGCCUCAGCAGUACCGCCCUCCCCCUUCUCCUCAGCGCAGUAUGCUUCUUCACGACGGCGGCGUGCGCCUGGGGCUUGCGGAGCAUCGAGGAACGGUUGAGGCGCAAAAAGGGCGGCGGGGGAGCCCCUGUGCUGGCUCACUAG